AGUAAUGCUGAAAUUUUUUUCAACAAUGGGUGAUAAGCCGUUAAAAGGAUAUAAAAUUACUGACUCUGAGAGGAAACAAAAAAUUGGUAUUGCUGCAAAAAGUUUAGAUGAUUUAAAAGAUAAAACACUAAAAAAAUUAAAAACAAACUACGGGAAUUCGCCAGUGCCAAAAAACAUAUAUUUUCAAUUGGUUGAUGGAACCAUUGUUGAUACUGAACAAUACUUUCAAACACUUCCAUCACAAACGACACUAGUGUGGGUUGAGGAAGGCAAAGUCGCAGAAACUGAUGCGGAACGUUUGUACAAAACAAUACGGGAAGUCAACAUUGAAUACAUAACUGCCGGUACCAAAGUACAAGAUUUUGUGAUGAACGAAUUGAAAUCGAAAAUAUACAAACUAGCUGAUAAUUUUAAUAAAAACGACCAGCAUGAUAAAAUAUUGUUGAGUUCAAGGCUUGAACAUCCAGAUUGGUUUGAGGGUUUAGACACAAGAUCAAAAACAAAAGAAGAAUAUUUAUUUCGUAGAUCACAGGACCGUAUCCGUAAUUAUUAUUAUAAAACAAAAGAUGAAUUAAACAAUGUCAAUUCAAAGGAAAUUAAUAAUUUAUUAUCAUUUUUAUCAAAAGAAUUAAAGAAUGUUAAUUAUUUUGGUUGUUAUUUCGAUAGAAGACAUUUUACAAUUGGUGAUACUAAUUUAAAAUGUUUAUGUGAUAAAAAUGGUUACUUUUAUUGUGAAGGUAAAUGGAAUAAAGCAAAAUGUGAAAGUAUACCAAAGCAUGUUAUAAAUCCGUAUGAUAGCCGUGAAUCGAGAAUAUUAUUUCAAACAUGGAAUUUAGAUCAUGUUGUUGAACGAUCUAGAUCGAUUAUACCAAAAAUAAUUACAAAUAAAGAGGAUCAUAUUAAUUUUCAAAAAGUUUUUAAUGAUUUAUUUACAAAACAUAAUUUAAAAUUAGUUCAUAUUGUUUGUCAUGAUAAACAACGGCAUUUAAAAGAUAUUUCUGAUUAUAGUAUUACAAAAAAUGAUGAUCAAGAACUUCAUUUAAAAUGACAAACGUAUUUGAUAGUGAUUUUUUAAUAUUAAGUGGGCUUAUUUAUUAUGUAUGAAAUGUUUUGAGAUUUUAGAUUUUAAUCUCCAAAAACAUAUGACUGAGUGUUAGCGCAAAUCCUGGAAAAAGCGAACCCUCACUCCCAAAAAAAGUAAGAAUGUCAACUAAUUGUUGGCAAAUAUUUUCUAGAUUUUUUCAAAAAAGAAAAUUGUUUAAAAACCUGGAAAAUUUUCUUUUUUUUCCAUUUGGAUAGAAAUAAUCUUCUUGAGUAAUUUUGAUUCAAAAAACAAAAGCGGGUUCUUCUGACAAUUGGAAGAUUCAAAAAUAUCGACAAAAGUCGUAUACGAAAAAUGAUAUCCCUUCGUAAAUUCAACAAAAUUUUCGUGUAUUUAAAUUAUUUAUUUUCAUUUUGA